AGGAUGGGAAGGCAAUAGUUCCAUCUAAUAAACAAACUGUAGCACUUUGUGAUGGCCGGAAGGCAAUGAUUCCAUCUUCUGAUAAACAAAUUUUAGGCAAGCAUUCACAACUGAGCUGCCAAUCAGAUAUUCCAAGUUUCUUUUGUAACAGCCAGUGUGUUCUUAAAUCUGUUGCAAAACUUUGUGAUAGCAACGAUACCAGUGUGGAAUCCGAACCCGAGGAAACAUUGGCAGCUCUGAAAACCAAACUGAAGCAAAAAUCUAAAAGUGACGGCAAGAAGAAAGGUGAUGCUGAUCAAGCGUUGGCACUGAGAACCGAAGAACCAAUGAAAAAAGAGAAAGAAGGAUCCGGAAAAGAAGCUGAAAGUGGAAUCGAGGCCAAGAUUUUGGCGAUACAUAGAGUGAGAUGGAACGUGAACAAGGGUAGCGAUAGAUGGUUGUGCUACGGAGGAGCAGCCGGUAUCGUUCGAUAUCAAGAGAUAAACAUUCCGGCAUCGUCUACUCUAAAGGUAGAGGUAGAGGCAGAGGUAAAGGUAAAGCUAAGUCGAGCUUAGUGUGCAUACCUUGAAAGUGGAAUUAGUUUAUGAAUUAGCAUAUCGACCUUUGCUGGAAUUAGAUUGCCAAUAAUCACUCUCAUUUUGCACGAGCCAAAGUCACCGCAAAUAACACUGUUAAAUUCGUAGAAGCCUAGGUCUAACCUCCGCAACACAAU